AUGCCGCGACCAGGGAAGAGCUCUUAUAGCGACCAAAAGCCACCCUACUCGUACAUCUCUCUGACCGCCAUGGCCAUCCAGCAUUCCGCGGAGAAGAUGCUGCCACUGAGCGACAUUUACAAGUUCAUCAUGGAGCGCUUCCCCUACUACCGCGAGCACACGCAACGUUGGCAGAACAGCCUGCGCCACAACCUCUCCUUCAACGACUGCUUCAUCAAGAUACCCCGGCGGCCAGACCAGCCCGGCAAGGGCAGCUUCUGGGCUCUGCACCCGGACUGCGGCGACAUGUUCGAGAACGGCAGCUUCCUGCGGCGCCGCAAGCGCUUCAAGGUGCUGCGCGCUGACCACACUCACCUGCACGCGGGAAGCACCAAGGGCGCGCCAGGCGCGGGGCCCGGAGGGCAUCUGCACCCUCUCCACCCGCACCACCCUCAUCACCACCACCACCACCAUCACGCCACCUCGCACCACCACCAUCACCACCACCCUCCCCAGCCACCCCCGCCCCCACCGCCGCCGCACAUGGUGCAUUAUUUCCACCAGCAGCCGCCCGCCGCUCCGCAGCCCCCGCCGCACCUCCCGUCGCAGCCGCCCCAGCAACCGCCUCAGCAAUCGCAGCCCCAGCAGCCGUCCCACCCUGGCAAGAUGCAGGAGGCGGCGGCCGUGGCCGCUGCUGCUGCGGCCGCGGCUGCAGCCGCGGUGGGCAGCGUGGGGCGCCUGUCACAGUUCCCGCCCUAUGGACUGGGCUCUGCAGCCGCUGCGGCCGCUGCAGCCGCGGCGUCCACGUCGGGCUUCAAGCACCCAUUCGCCAUCGAGAACAUCAUCGGCCGGGACUACAAGGGCGUGCUGCAGGCGGGCGGGCUGCCCCUGGCGUCGGUCAUGCACCACCUGGGGUAUCCAGUACCCGGGCAACUCGGCAACGUCGUCAGCUCUGUGUGGCCUCACGUCGGCGUCAUGGAUUCGGUGGCCGCGGCCGCAGCGGCCGCCGCGGCCGCGGGGGUCCCCGUGGGUCCGGAGUAUGGGGCCUUCGGAGUGCCGGUCAAGGCCCUGUGCCACUCGGCCAGCCAGAGCCUGCCUGCCGUGCCUGUGCCCAUCAAGCCGACUCCCGCGCUGCCUCCGGUGGCCACGUUGCCGCCCGCGCUCUCUGUCCCCCCAGCCGCACAGCAACCGCCCGCACCGUCCACCGUGUGCCCGGCGGCCGCGGCCUCUCCAGCCGCUGCCCUGCUGGAGUCCACGGCUCCGAGUGCGGCCGAGGGCAAGGGUGGAUCUCUGCACUCGGUGCUUGUGCACUCCUAG